AUGGAAAAUAAUAAGAUACCCAAAGUUUCUCAUAACGGUGUUAUAGCUACAUUUUCCGUUAAGACUGGUCUCGCUCAGAAUUUGAAAAAUGGUGUAAUAAUGGACGUUAUUAAUGCUGAACAAGCUAGAAUAGCAGAAGAAGCUGGUGCGGCCGCCGUUAUGGCAUUAGAGCGUGUACCAGCUGACAUUAGAAAAGAAGGUGGAGUGGCUCGCAUGUCGGAUCCAAAGAUGAUUCGAGAAAUUAGAGAGGCUGUGACCAUUCCCGUAAUGGCUAAAGUACGGAUUGGUCAUUUUGUUGAAGCUCAGAUAUUAGAAGCUAUCGGCAUAGACUUUAUUGAUGAAUCAGAAGUUCUUACACCUGCCGACGAACAAAAUCAUAUAAAUAAGCAUAAUUUUAAAAUCCCAUUUGUAUGUGGGGCAAAAAAUUUAGGUGAAGCACUUCGUCGCAUUUCUGAGGGAGCAGCCAUGAUGCGCACAAAAGGUGAAGCAGGUACCGGUAAUAUUGUAGAAGCUGUUCGUCACAUGAGGACCAUUAAUAAUGAGAUCAGAAGAGCAUCUGCUAUGAGCGACGAAGAAUUAUUCAGUUAUGCUAAAGAAUUACAAGCUCCUUAUCAUUUGUUGAAGGAAACUGCUAAAUUAAAAAGACUUCCGGUUGUGAAUUUUUCAGCGGGAGGAGUUGCAACACCUGCUGAUGCUGCGUUAAUGAUGCAACUUGGUUGUGAUGGUGUAUUCGUUGGUUCUGGGAUAUUCAAAUCGGGAGAUCCGGCAAAAAGAGCAAGAGCGAUUGUACAAGCUGUUACUCAUUACGAUGAUCCUAAAAUUAUAGCUGAGGUAUCAGAAGAUUUAGGUGAAGCAAUGGUUGGUAUCAAUAUUGAUACUUUAACGGAUAAUCAAUUAAUGGCCAAGAGGGGUUGGUGA